AUGUCCUGCAACACUCAGUGCCGUCCUUGCCAGCCCUGUGGCCCCACUCCACUGGCCAACAGCUGCAAUGAGUGCUGUGUCAGGCAGUGCCAGGACUCCACCGUGGUUAUUCAGCCGCCUGCUGUGGUGGUGACCCUUCCUGGGCCCAUCCUGAGCUCCUUCCCACAGAACACCGUGGUGGGAUCCUCCACCUCUGCUGCUGUUGGCAACAUCCUCAGCUCUGAUGGAGUUCCCAUCAAUUCUGGGGGCUUUGACAUCUCCUCCAUCACCAGGCGCUACGGUGGAAGGAGGGGCCUCCCCUGCUAAUGGUGCUGGUCUUGGGAAAUAUCCCCAGGAUCUGCAGGCAUGGUGCUGGACAAAGGAAGAAUCUUCAGGUCAUUUCUUUCAGAGGAACUGACCCUAUUUAGUUCCUCCUGAAUAUGCUGGAAAGAAGGGCCUAGCUCAGGCACUUCAAAAGCCCUAUGUCUUUCCUACAUAUCUCCUUGUUUCUAUUUUUAUUGUGUCCUUCUGCUCCCCUCGGCUGCAAGGAUCCUCCAAGCAAGCCUGCACUCUACAGGCAAGGCAAAUGGAUGCCCUGCAUGGACUUCACCAUGGCCAAGAGGUGAAGUGUCCUGCUUGUCCCUCCAGAACCCUGCACUGAGGGCCUGUGCUUGUAAAAACCUUGACUCCUUCUUUAAACUCAAUAAAGAUUUUUGCAUCU